ACAACGGUGUCACUAUAAUACAUCGUAGCGAAAAAUAUUUUCGUUGACGUCGUUUACCGGAAUGUUUUUAACAAUUUAUGUAAAUUGGGCCUUUUCAACAUAUCGCUUGCUUAUUAAUAGUUAUACACGACGAUGAAGUUCUAAUAACGAAUAGAUGAAAUUAUGGCGCAGUCAAUUUUCGAUGCUUUAUCGGGCGUAUCUUUGGAUGGUUCAUCUGUACAAUCUCUUUUAGAUUCUCAAACUUUGAUAAGCGAAGUCGAGCAGUCGGCAAUAAAUCAAGAUGAGGAAGAUAUUUUUCAGUGUGGCAAGUGUAAAAGUCAAUUCACCUCGUUGCACCUUUUUGUACUUCAUAAAAGAGAGCACACAAAACUGCCAGAGCAGAAGGUGGAUUUAAGUCAUUAUUUAGUUAGCAAUGAUAGUCAUGUAUUACAGACUGAUGAUGAUUGCCAUGAUGGAACGCAUUAUAAUCCUGAAGAUGAUUUUAAUCAGGAUCAUCAACUUGGUGAAUCAAUUAUUUUGGAAGAAAACGAUAUACUGUUUAGCAUGGAGCAGGAAGGUGCUAAUUACUUAGCUUCCGAUUCUGGUUUUAAUGUCCCUAUAAUUUUAAAUAGCGACGGAUUGGAACCUUUUGCUAAUUCGUCGUUAACGGGUGCGGAUGAUAAUCCUCUAAGCGAUGAUGUAAAUGAUUUGAAUGUAUUAGAGAACGAUAUUAACCAAAAUCUUGAAGAUGGUAGUCUACAACCUACAAUGAAUUUUGAUAUUACAGAAGUCGAAGAUUCAUCGAAAGCUUACGAGGAUGAAAAUAAGACUUAUCAAAUGCAAAACUUAAAGUACAAGUGUAGCUACUGUCAUAAGCAAUUUGCCAAAAAGUUUUAUUGGCAACAACAUGAACGCUCGCAUACGGGCGAGAAGCCCUACCAAUGCGUCGUAUGUGGUCGUCCAUUUGCUCAAAAGUCCAAUGUAAAGAAACAUAUGUCAUCGCACAAAGUAUGGCCAGGCACAGCCAUUCAUUCACUACCUCCAGAGGCGCCGGUCGAUGGCAGUAUCGAACGCUCUUACCACUGCCAAUUCUGUAAGGAAAUUUUCGAUUCGUACAAGGCGCUCAAGGGUCACCUUAUCGUAUCGCACUUGACUCUCAAAGUAUACAAGUGUGUUCAAUACGGAUGCGGCUCGAUGUUCGCCGAACUCGAGGACUUCCUCGAGCAUACGCGCAGUCACAAGCGAUCCGAGUACCGUUGCCACGUUUGCGGCGACACCUUCAACACCUUAACCGACCUCGGACUCCAUCAGUACACUCACUCCGUCCAAAAGCAAAAGACGACCGAGAAGUACUAUUGCUGCUCGGUCUGUAAGUCGUCCUUCUCUAACCUCGAGGCGCUCCAGCAUCACACGGAGACGACGACGCACGACUACGCCUGUCCCCACUGCGGCAAGAGUUUCCUCAUCGAGAGAUUCCUCAGGCGGCACCUCAAGACCCACGCCUCGUCAGCGAGGUUCGCCUGCGAGGACUGCGGCAAGGCUUUCAAGACCGAGCAGUACCUCGCCAAUCACAAGCUCAUACACAGCGAGGAGACGCCGUUCCUCUGCCCCCACUGCCCCGCGAGAUUCAAGAGGAAAGACCGCCUGGGCCGUCACAUGCUCAUCCAUGACCUGACGAAGCGGCUCAAGUGUCCCUUUCGCGGCCACCUCGGCUGCAUGAGCGAGUUCUCCCGGCCCGAUAAGCUCAAGCGCCACUUGCUCACUCACAGCAAUAUCAAGCGCUUCAGCUGCGGCCACUGCAACCGUCACUUCCACCGGGCCCAGGCGCUCAAGCAUCACGAGCUCAACAAGCACAGCUUGAAGUGCGACAUCUGCUCGCACGCAUUUAAAACUAAAGAUCAAUUAUUAACUCAUAACUGUGAUCAAUCAAAUGAGUCCAAGAAGCACGUGACUUCACAGUUACCGAAGAAAGCCUGCGGAUCGUUUAAACCACGAAGGCCAACCCCCAAACGACAAGUUUCUUCUAAAACUACUACUCCCACUGUUUUAGGUACUUCUGAUAAGGAUAAUAAUAAGGCUAAAGUUGACGAACAUCACAUAAAGAAUGUCUCAGAGACUUUAAAGCUUAAUCAUCGAGAAGACGACUUCGACGUAAAAAUGGGAAAUAUCGACCUACAUCUUGAUUUAAGCGAUGAUAGUUCGUUAACUUUAGACUCAUUAAAAAAUGAAUGAUUCAAUUGGAAUUCUAUUUAGAGUCGUUAUUUCUACAAA